UGGAGCACGAGAAGAGCGGGCAAACACACAGAGCGAGUCGAACUCCGAGUUACGCGGCGAGUUUCUCUCUUUCUCUCACUCCAUCUCAAUAAAUCUCUCUCUCUCUCUUCUCUCGUUUCUCUGCUCUUCUCUCUCUCUCUCUCGUUUUAAUUUCUUCUCCAGAUCUCGAAUUCCUCUACUUCGUUAACAGAAAUGGAAACGUUCCUAUUCACCUCUGAAUCCGUCAACGAGGGACACCCGGACAAGCUCUGCGACCAGGUUUCUGACGCAAUCCUCGAUGCUUGCUUAGAGCAAGACCCUGAAAGCAAAGUCGCGUGUGAGACAUGCACCAAGACCAACAUGGUGAUGGUGUUCGGUGAGAUCACAACCUCUGCCAAAGUAGACUACGAGAAGAUUGUUAGAUCCACUUGCAGAGAGAUUGGAUUCAUCUCAGCUGAUGUUGGCCUUGAUGCUGAUAAAUGCAAUGUUUUGGUCAACAUUGAGCAACAGAGCCCUGACAUUGCUCAGGGAGUUCACGGCCAUUUGACCAAAAAGCCGGAAGAUAUCGGAGCUGGUGAUCAGGGACACAUGUUUGGAUACGCCACCGAUGAGACACCUGAGCUCAUGCCUUUGACCCAUGUCCUAGCCACCAAGCUUGGUGCCAAGCUCACUGAAGUGAGAAAGAACAAGACUUGCCCCUGGUUGAGGCCUGAUGGUAAGACUCAGGUCACCGUGGAGUACAAGAACGAUGGUGGAGCCAUGAUUCCGAUUAGAGUCCACACUGUUCUCAUCUCAACUCAGCAUGACGAAACUGUCACCAACGACGAGAUCGCUGCUGAUUUGAAGGAGCAUGUGAUCAAGCCGGUUAUUCCUGCUAAGUAUCUUGAUGACAAGACCAUCUUUCACCUGAACCCGUCUGGUCGUUUCGUCAUUGGAGGACCUCACGGUGAUGCUGGACUCACGGGAAGGAAGAUCAUCAUCGACACUUAUGGUGGUUGGGGUGCUCAUGGUGGAGGUGCUUUCUCAGGGAAAGACCCAACCAAGGUUGACAGGAGCGGUGCUUAUAUCGUCAGGCAGGCUGCUAAGAGCGUGGUAGCUGCAGGACUUGCUCGUCGCUGUAUCGUGCAGGUAUCAUAUGCCAUUGGUGUCCCUGAGCCACUCUCGGUGUUUGUUGACACUUACAAGACCGGGACCAUCCCAGACAAGGAUAUUCUUGUGUUGAUCAAGGAAGCGUUUGACUUCAGGCCGGGAAUGAUGGCCAUUAACCUCGACUUGAAGAGAGGAGGUAACUUCAGGUUCCAAAAGACUGCUGCGUAUGGCCAUUUCGGGCGUGAUGACCCUGACUUCACUUGGGAGGUCGUGAAGCCACUCAAGCCAAAGGCCUAAGCAAACACAAAGAACUGGUAACUGCAAGAACUGAGUUGAGAAGACUCCUCCUCACUACAGGGAACUUUAUCAUUAUACCAUUAUUAUUGCAAUAGACUGAAUAAUCCCAUACAUUCACAUUUGUUUUUGCUGCUUUUGGAGUUCGAACACAAGGCCUACGGUUCAAUUAUCUGGUAAACAAAAGAUCACGAAUGGAAGAUUUGAGUUUCAUGUUUUAAAUUUCUGCCUUUUUUUUUUCUUUUCUUCUUAAUCUCUUGUACUGUAAUUUUGAUUUUUGUAAUGAAAGAAAUCCAUCGUUGUGGUGUUAAACAUUAUGAUUUACAUUUA